CGUUAACUAGCUAACGCAUAUGUUUACGUUCAUUUGAAUCAACGAAAGCGGGAAGCGUGAGCUGCGAACAAUUCUGAGCAUUCUGAGAGGAUCUUGAAUGCAGGUUACUCCAGUGGUGGGUGGGAACCAUGACGGAAGACAGCCUUCAAACUGUGACCUCAAAACGGGGUGAUCUGGCCUCUGGAGAAGGAGAUACAGAACCCAGCAUGCUCCUUCAGAAGCUGAAGAACAACAUCUCUAAGAAUGUACAAACCAAAGUCGACUCAAUUCUGCAAGAUGUGCAGCGCUUUUCAGACAAUGCCAAGCUUUACCUAUACCUCCAGCUGCCCUCAGGGCCAGGCACAGGGGAGAAGAGCAGCAGUAGUGACUCGGGCUCCUGGAGCUCAGCCGACCAGCUGCACACCUGUAACUGGAUCCGCAGCCACCUGGAGGAGCACUCGGACACCUGCCUGCCCAAGCAGGAUGUGUAUGAGACAUACAAGAGAUACUGUGAUAAUCUGCAAUAUCGGCCACUGAGCGCAGCCAACUUUGGCAAGAUCAUCCGCGACAUCUUCCCAAACAUCAAAGCACGGAGGCUGGGCGGAAGGGGACAGUCCAAGUACUGCUACAGUGGGAUCCGGAGGAGAACAGUGCUGAACAUGCCCCUCCUGCCAAAUCUAGACCUCAAGAAUGACCCGUCAGAGCUGACGGAGCUAGUUCAGACCUACAACCAGGAGGUGAUGGAGGCGGCGUGUGAGUUGAUCUGUGACUGGGCGCAGAAGAUCCUGAAGCGCUCCUUUGACACUGUGGUGGAAAUAGCCCGCUUUCUAGUGCAGGAGCAUAUUGUUAAUCCACGCUGCAGCCAGGCAGAGCUGGUCACCUCUACCACGCUGGGUGAAAGUCCUGCAAGGCCCCUGAGAGCGAUGAAGAAGAGUCAGACUCAGCAGAAGGACGGCAAUGCAGAGUCUGAGGGGAGAGGCUCUGAGAACAAGAAGGACAAAGAAGGAGGGGAGCAGGCAUCACCGAGCAAACCAGCGACAACUGAUAAAUCAGCAAAGGCGGCAGAGAGCGGGAGAUCUGGGGAUCGUGACCUUCAGGUAGAGGCGGUAAUGAAGCGUUACCCCCAGCUGCUGCCACGUGGCUCCAUCCCAGACAAGACCCAGCUUCCAAUUGGCUCCUCCCCUCCCACACUGAUGCCAAAGGACACAGGUGGUGUGAAGGUCACCCUCCCUAUAACCAUGGCUACCUUGCCUCAGCAGCAAGGGGGCGCCCUCCCUGUCUUCAACAUGAUCCUGCCAUCAGGCAUGAGUCUGUCUUAUCCAGAAAAGGAGAAGACUACUACUGUUACCAUGGCUACUGCAGCUCCGACGCCAGGAGUGGUCCAGAGAGGCCGUGGCGCACCAAAGCGGACCCCAGAACCAGCGGCCGCUGAGGCAGCCGCGGGAGUUGGAGGAACCCCUCCUAAGAAGAAGAGAGGACGUCCCAGGAAACCACGACCCGAGGAGGCGGGGCAGCCCCCACCCACUACACUUCAGACCUCUGCCUCACUCCUUGGAGGGGUGAUCCAGAAAGCCCUGCCAUCCUCGUCAUCCUCCCAGCAGCCCCAGCCCCAGGGCCAGACACAGGUCCACCCUGAGGUCAUGGAGAUCGUGAUCCAGGACCGGCAACUCCUGGGGGCCCUUUCCUCCACUCUGGAGGUGCCACCCACCGUGGACGCAGCAGGCCUCAGUGCCAGCAGCACUCCGGAGCACAGAGGCGUUGUGGUGCAGUGCAGCCGCAGCGACAACCAGCCAGUGCAGGACACCUCCCAGCCUGCCCUGCUGCUUCAUGCGGUGGGCCAGCCUGCCACACCUGCCGCUCAAAGCUGGGAGAUAGGCAGGGCCAUGGUGGAGGUCAUAAAGAGAGCACCGAUUACCAACCAGGGGGGAGGCAUCUCUGCUGCACCAGCUCCGGCCCUGACUUCCCAGCCAGAGGACAAGCAAGACGCUGAGACCAUUCUCUCCCCAGUCGACUCGUUCACAGAGCAGUCACUUGCCUCUGCCGACCCUGCCCUCAGCACUGACUGCCCCCAGCCCAGUGUUAACACCCAGGUCUACACCCCCUAAAUCUCAGGUGAUGACAUGUGUCACUUGGCUUCCAAGACAAAGUCAUCCAAGGCCCAUAGCUGUCUCAGAAGCAGAUGUGGCCUUGUUCCUCAUCAGUUGGUGGAAAUGUGUGAUGGAAACCUACAGUAGCCAACUGGAUUUAUGCCACUAAAAACUAGAAUGGUGACUGCUGAUAGCCGUGAUGUCAGCUCUCAGUGGUACCACAA